CAAUGAUCAUAACAGCGUCGCGAUACCGGGCACGCAAGCAAAAGGUCUUCUGGUCCGUUUUCCAGACGGAUGUCUCAUCGCCCACGCCGCGUUCAACUCCCGUUGCCGCCUUCACCGAUGAAGGUGCUGCCUUUGGAGGUCCCCACGCGUCACAUCACCGUGCCCACCCACCACCACCACCGCCUCUAUUUCACGAGACUCUCCAACAUACCGAUGACCAGUUUCGUCGUGAUUUACAUACCAUCAUUGGUAACUCUCUCAACCAGGGCUUGACGAAUGCCCUGAGAAGUGUCUUACAGCGACUCAUACGUUCUAGUCUUGGUAUUGGGAGACGCUAUGCUGGAGUUUUAGAAUCACAAUAUAUUUAUGGUGAUACGGCGGCUCGGGAAGAGCUUCUGGGGCUUCUCGAAUCUCUUAAGAAUGUUGGACUGGUGGGGGAGAGAUUUCAAGUGCUCUUUGCCGAAAUCAUGGAUGCUAGCAUGGUAGAAUUUAUCAAGACCUGCUAUUCGGGAUUCUGGGAAACGUCUGAACAGUCGUCAACGCCAAGCUCAAGCACCCUGACUGGGUGCCUUGACCAUCUUUCAGAUUGGGUUGAAAACCAGUACGGCCGCCUUGCUGUUGAGGUGUUCAGUCGUCUUGGAACCCCUAUCGCUUGGAACGAUGUUGAAUGCUGGAAGGAGAUCGCGGUAGGUCGCCUUGCUACUUUGCGAAUUCAAGAACUAUUUGAUAUCGCUUUGAAUUGGCCAGAAAGCCGGGGCGGACUCGAGGAUCUUCGUCUGGCUGUUUCUACGCCACAACGCCGUCUUCAAUUGACCGACACGUUCUCCCUCGCUCUUCAGAAGCGACUCCUUCAUCCUGGACGAUCCACCUCCGAUAUCCUUCAAACGUACAUUUCUAUGAUAAGGACAUUUCAUGCCUUGGAUCAUUCCAAGGUUCUCCUUGAUCGUGUCGUUCAUGCACUACAGCUGUACCUGUGCCAGCGGGACGAUGCCAUCAGAAUCGUGGUCACAGGCUUGCUCUCUAACCCGAGUGAAGCCAGUACGGGGGAGGGAAAGGCAAAGCUUGCGGAGUUGGCAGUUUUACUCAACUCAGCUGCUCAACAGCAACGGCGCCAGGUCGACGACGAGGACCUGGACUGGAACGACAUGACCUGGGUGCCCGAUCCUGUAGACGCAGGUGUCAACUACAAGAGACCGAAGAACGAGGACGUCAUCGGAACUCUGAUCAGCGCGCUUGGGUCUCAAGAGAUUUUUAUCAAGGAGUUCCAACUCAUCAUCGCAGAGCGAUUGCUUUCCAACCAAGCAAGCUUUACACAAGAGACCAAAGUACUGAGCCUGCUCAAGAAGCGGUUCGGCGACAAUGCUUUACAAAACUGUGAUGUCAUGAUGAAGGAUAUUCAAGACUCAAAAAGAGUCGAUGCAGUUCUUGGAAAGAAUAUUUCUCAACCGUCGCUUGAUACAGGAGCACCAGCAUAUCACUCCAAGAUUCUCUCUAGACUCUUUUGGCCAACCUUACCUAAGGACCCUUUCACAGUCCCGCCACCCGUUGCUGCGAUGCGGGCCAAAUACGAACAAGGGUUUGAGCGACUCAAGACCUCUCGCAAACUCACUUGGUUGGAUCAGUUAGGUUCUGCAACAGUCAAACUUGACUUUGAGGACCGCACUGUCGAGCUUGAAUGCAAGACUUACGAGGCUGCUGUGAUAUACGCGUUCCAGGACGACAGCACUGAAGGCAGACACGGCUCCACAGCACGAACUUUCGAUGAGAUAUGGCAACAGCUCAUGAUAGACGAGGAUCUUCUCGAUCUGGCUCUAAAGUUCUGGGUCUCCAGGAGAGUGCUCCGUGACGUUGGCAGCCGAACCUAUGCUGUCUUGGAGCGUCUGAACGAGGGUGAACAAGCAGGUAAAUCAGGCGAUCCUGGUGAAGCUCAGGAACUUGGCAAUGACAGCCGCUCGUCUCCUCGCAAGCCCAAAAUCGAUCCCAAGGAGCAGGAGCGCCGAACUGUAUACUGGCAGUUCAUCGUGGGCAUGCUGACAAACUCAGCACCAAUUAUGCCUCUUGGACAGAUGUUGAUGAUGAUGAAAAUGCUGAUUCCUGAUGGCUGUUCCUGGACGAAUGAGGAGUUGCAGGAGUUUUUGGCAGAAAAGGUGGCGGAGAAUAAAUUAGAGCUAACCGGCGGCAAGUAUCGCUUGCCGAAGAAAUCAGAGCAGGCUACUCGAACAUGAGCGUCACUGAGGGUCGAAUGUCUGCAUCAUGGGGUUCGAGCGAAGUGAGCACUGACUGCAGUGUCACCCUCUCAACAAACCAACGUGGCUCCGGAGCCCGUCAGCGCAUGCUUGCACCACAGCACAAACACUCGGGAUCGAGAAGGAGAUUAACGAGCCGAGACGACUGUUCGAUGGCGAAUAUGUCAUGGUUGCUGCUGCCGUAUCGGAAGGGAAAUGGAUAUAUGCUUACUUCAUCCUCGUCUUGUUCUGUAUGUGAACGAGGCCUCGCCUUACAUCGAAACGUGGCACAAAGACGGAGCCUAGAGGUUACAUAUAUAACCAGCUCAGCUCAACAGCCUUGAUACAUCAUUCUUGCUCCUAUUUCGUGCCUGGGGAAGAGGAGGGGGGUAUGUACUUUGUUGUGCGUUGCUCAAAGCUUCCAGCUGAGGCCAGGCAAACAGCCAGAAUAGGGAAUAAUGAAUCAAGCUGCCUCAAAUGUGCAGACCCUCCGAGUGUUUGUGAUCUUCACCGGGGUUUAAGAAGUUUGCUAGCAACUAACUAAGGCGUCUGCUUUUGAAGGAAACUGGGAAAUUUUCUUUACCAUCUUCAGAGUUGACUCAGUGCAGAUCUGGAAUGGCAAGGGCACCAACAAUGUUCUAGGUGCAUAGAUCCCAUGAGUUCUCAAACACCGAAGACCAGUUGAUGCGUCGUUUCGUUUCGUGGGCUAAAGUGGUUGCAGCUAUUGGCUCCUCAUUAUUUCGAUGAGGUUGAAGUGUAGAUACGUGAGCUCAAAAGAAUCUUGUCAUGCUUUUAAGGGUUCCUCAAAUCCUUAUCAACUCGGUCAAUGGCUUGAAAAGUGUAUGCCACAUUCUAAUCACGG